UUCUUCAAUUUUUACUACUGCUGAAGUACUGGGAGCUGUGCUAAGUCCUAAUCCAAACUUCAAUAGAAGUUAUUUAUGGAGUUUAUUAGAUAAAUAGAUUUUAUCGUUGUGUUAAAUAAGAUGAUCCAGCAAUGAUGUGAAGUAUAAUGGCGGCAGAUUACAUGGUGCGAGAUAGGGUUCAAGAUCUAUGGCAACAAAUAGAUCGUCUGCACUUGACCUAUCUGCAUACAGAUGAGAGUCCAAGGAAGAUAGAUGAGAAAAAGAGACUGGAAGGCUAUAUCAGAGAGUUCCUGUGCGUGGCUCAACAUGAACAGAAGUUCUUUUUCCGAGAGACCAGUGUGGUGCUCCACCGAAGCAUUGAGAAUAAGGAGGACUUCAGUGCCUACCGGGCGACUGCUGCAUGGACCGCCAUUGCUGCGUACGCUCACAACUUGCUGGCACAACCUUGGCGCAAACAGUUCCAUGAAAUUAAGACUUAUUGUGGCUACUACAAACACAACCUGGAAAGUAACCUGGUGGGGGCAGAGCUGAUGUUGGAGGCUAUGGGGUACAAGCACACUGGUCGCUCCACCAUGGUGCUGGAUGGACCUGUGGAUCCGGACAGAGUGACCAUGGUGUCACGUGACUCUAUCGCGGCGCUGGUUGAGUGUCAGAUAAUUCGGAGCAUUUAUGCAGAAGUUGUGAAGGUUCUACCAACUUGCACUUGGCUGGAAGUAUUACAAUACAGGGAGACUCAUAUUUGUACUCCGGAACUUGCAGUUAGAGGAUUAACUUACAGGUUGCAUCAGAGAAGGUAUGAGGAGCAGCAGUACAGGAACCAGAUGGAAAACUACAAUACAGUUGCCAGGUACCACCAUCCUAUAGACCAUUGUCCGUAUGCUGCCAGGUAUCACUACAACUACACCCUGCCCAACCCUAGGUACGGAGUUGUGAGCCCUCAGCAACCCAUACCUCCGCCAUACCCAAUCUACCACAUCAAGCCUCAUGAGGUGUAUGGUGGUAGUUACUACCCAGUUCAGAACGGCUAUAUCCCCCUGCCUGUCCCUCCGCCACCUCUUGUAAUGUCUAACUACUCCUGUUCCGUGCCGACUGCCCAGUUAAUAGAGCUGGACACCCCUCAUGAUCCCCCUACCUACAAUCCCAAUACUCACCGCAGAAGCUCAUCGGAUCAUCGAGUGGAACACGAAGCCAGGAAGAACGGAGAAAGGUAUCCUUCAGAUAUGUAUAGCAGAUCGACCACCUCGGAUGAUCUUGGGAGUCGAAAGAGUGGCAAAAACAAGGAGUGCAACUGGGAAAGCUGGGGCUACGUUUACCAAAGACUGGAGGAGAAGAAUGGAGGGAAGAAAAGAGAAGAGGCUGUUGUUGAAAAAAAGAAGGAACACAAGAGGCCGCCAUCUCCUAUGGAUUUGGAUGAUGCAUUAAAAGCAUUCAGUUUGGACGACCUGCAUCAACUCACUGUCCCAGAACAGAGGCCUUUGAAAAUUAAUGAGGCAUUGAGUAAACUUCGACUUGAUAGUGAUGGAGACACAAAGAAAAAAGAGAACCGAGUCAGCCUUUAUGACAAUUCUUCACCACCUGCAAGCAGUAGUCCAAAGCAGACGCAAAGCAUUUCAAGGGACAUGAAAAAACCUGAAGAUUCAAAGUUUACCGAAGCAAGGAAACUUAGGUUGAAACAUACUGACAAAUGGGAAUGUGUGGCCUGCACUUUCCACAAUUCAGGAGGGAAGGAUAUCUGUGAGAUGUGCGGGAAGAGUCGAAGCAAAGGGGGAGAAUCAAAGCCACUGGCCAGUGGCGGGAGACAGUGCCCUCAGUGCACUCUAGUUAACGAGAAGGGAGUCACCACUUGUGACGCCUGUGGCACAAGCCUCAAGGAUUCACCUACUUAUAUCUGACAGAAUCUUUGUACCUCGAUCCCAAAUAUGUGUCUUACUGUAGACUAAGUAGGCUUAACUAAUCUACCGGUUGUUAUACAGCUAUAAGCAUUUAUAAGGCUGAUCUAUCGUGUAGCUUUUACUGUAAUGAAAUUACUUGAUUUAGAUUGAAACUGUUAUUGUGUGAAAUAUUAUUGAAAUUGGCCUUUUUAUUUUUUUGGCUAUAAAAUUAUUUAUAAAUAGGCUGUCAGUCUUAAAAGAUCAAUAUAAUUUUAGUAUUCCCGUGGUAAUUUAUAUUUAAUCCUUUUCUGUAUUUUUCUAUACAGUCAGAGUCUGGAACAAUUAAAAUAAUAAAAACAACUUUAAUACAGUAGUAAUAAUUAAUCUCUUAAUGUAAAAAUAUUACACUUUAUGGUGAAGAAAAAAAAAACAGAUUUCAUUUGGAACUGCAGGUGUGGUUUGGUAUUGGCUUUUUGAGAUUAUUAUGUUACCCAAUUCCUUAAUUACUGAUAUAAAAUAAAUAGCAAUAUAAAAUUCUGUAACUAUCUAAAAGGAAGGUGCUGGAAGGGAUAAAAUAUAUACUUAUUAGUUUAACCUGUUAUCUUUUGUAACUGAAAUUAGCAAUAUUAAUUACCAAUAUAACACCAAUGUAGUGAACUUUUGUCUUUGAAUUUUUUCGUCUUGUGACAACGAAGUGCAUCUUCGUCUAUAUCUCUGUGUGAUAAUACAGCAAUAGAUCAGUUUGAGUAAAUGUGUAUUUUUGUGUUCAAAAUCAAUCUAUUUUGUAUCUAUAGCUGGCUUUUGACUUUAUAUUAUUCUUGUAUUAAACUAGUACUGCUUGAAAAUCAUUACCGUGAAUAAAUCAAAUGUUUUUAUUGAACCUGAUUUCACAUCUUUUGCAAACUAUACAUACAGUACUUAAUUAUUUUACAUAAUCUUUGUGUGUCUGUAUUCAUUUUAUGUAAUUGCUUUAGGUAAGCAAGAAUUGUAUUUGUGUAAUUUAUUGAUAAGUGAGAUAUUAUAGCACAACUAGUCAUAUUAAGUUCAGAAUUUAUAUAAUUAUCUUUCAAGUAAAAGAUGCUCCCCAAAGUUACUGUACUAUGUCAAAAAUAUAUUUGUUUAUCAUAUUAUUAUAAUAAUUUAUAAAAAGUGCACAAACCUAACUUUUUAUUGUUAAUGUUAUUCCUAUUGAAAGAGUAUAUUAUUCUUGUUUGUGUAUUUUUUAAGUCUGGAAUUGGAGUACAGGAAACACUUACAAUAAUGGCUUUAGAGCAAGUUUGAUAUAAGAGUUUUGUGAAAAAGUAAGGAAACAUGUAAUUCAUAAUUACAUACGUAUCUUUUCUGUAGAGUUGAUUUUUGACAUUGAAUGAUUUGACAGGAUGCAGGGUUUGUUAUGAAUAUUUACCAUAGUUAAUAGUUGAGCUUUAAAA